CUAUCGAUAUCCGGGUUAAGACGUUAUCUAACACUACCUCUUUGAUUUUAUUGCAAAUGUUUUGUUUUCCGGCUUUAAAAUGUCCAAUUCCGUGAAUAUAUCGGUAGAAACUACUUGCGAAAACCAGAUACGUGAGAUUGGCUACGAUGGCACCGAGUUAUAUCAGCCACCGCCGACUUUGUCGGAGAGUUUGGCCAAAUGUGCGGCGCGCAUAGACUUCAGCAAAACGUCGCUGGACGAUCUAAAAAAGGAGGAGAAGUCGGCGGCGGCAACAACCGACGAAGACAAGGACAACACACAGUUUCAGGAGAGUCUGUGGCCCUGGGACGCGGUGCGCAACAAGCUAAAGGAUGCCCUUACCGAGAUCUGUGUGCUGUCGGAUGUAAUCUCCAUUGCCAAGGAUAAGCGUUAUCUGGUGCUCGAUCCCCUUCUGGAGGAGGCCGACGACACGAAGCCGAUUGUUCAGGUCUACAGCCGAAAGAAGGCCAUCUCGCAGGCAGCCCAGGUGCUCCUCGGUGGAGCUGAACGCCUACGGAAUGCCCAUAGUGAACAACGUAGCCGUAAUGUUUCGGAUUUCCACAUAGAACUGCUGCGCCUUCGACAAAACUGGCGCCUAAAAAAGGUGUCCAAUGCGAUAAUCGGAGAUCUCAGUUACCGCACCGCGGGCUCCAAGUUUGGAAUGAGCGGAACGUUUGAGGUAACCAAAGCUGAGGAGGCCGCUGAUGACGAGGCCGCCAGUUCCUCCAACAACAGCAGCAGCAGUACCUCCGGCAACAAUGGCAUGCAACUGAAAGCCAGCUCUGCCUUGCGGGUAAUUGUUCCAGCUGAGUUGCAAGGCGUGGCCUACAUUAAGGUGAUCACGCAGAAGGAUCAGGAGGACCUAUGCACGGCUCAGGUGAAUCUGAUGGGCCAUGGACCCAACAUAACGGCACAAGUCGGCGUCUGGCAAAAGACACUGGAGUUUGCCCAGAAUGUACUCUUUUGUAAGGAGCUGUUUGCCCAGUUGGCACGCGAAGCCAUCCAGCUGCAGGCACCGAUUCCACAUGUGGUGAUUGGUAACCAGAUUCGCGCCACCCUGCUGCCCAACAUCCAGUUGAUCAUCUCGCUCUGCCACUCCACUACCUUCGACUCCAGUCAGCCGGCGCCGAUCAACGAUCACGACCAUGUGCUGGAGCAUUCGUUGCACCAACUGCUCCGCGAAGUGCACUACAAGAACUCGCAUCAUCCAUUUCCCCACCCUGCUAGUGCUCCGCUGGGACCGACAAAGAAACGCAUGCUGGCCGGUCCAAUGGCUGCGGAUCGGGAGACUCUUUUGGACAUGACAAAAACGCAAACCAUACUCGAGCAGAUUAUCGCCCAGGCGCAGCACAUCUUUAUGCGCAAGCGGACGCAGUACGUGCUCGAUACGCUGGCCAGAGAUGUCAAGGAUCCACAGAUUGUGUCACAUUGGAACGCCAUGAAUAGUCCCACCAUGUCGUGUGUAAAGAUCAACAUUGUGACGCACGGGUACGAUGCCAUUGGACGCACCUCGCUGGUGAUCCAUGUAAAGGAGCGCUCUUUGAAGUGCAUCUGUCGAGAUGGACGCGUUAUGAAGCUCUCGUACGAACCGCAGGAACUGCGUGACCUGAUCCUCUGCCAGAUAAACUCGCAUCAGAUUUCCUGCCUGAUCAGUUUGGCCCGCUGCAUGGCGUGGACGGUGCUCUCGAAUAGCAACCAUUUGGGCAUCGGAAAGGUGGAGCCGCUGGGCAACGCAAGUUCCUGCCUGCUAGCCUCUCCAAAUAGCGACCGCAUGAUUGCCGUUCAAAUCCGUUGCGACCCGCAGAUAGAUGUAAAGGUUUAUAUAGCGAGAAGUCCACGCCAAGACUUUUUCCCCAGUCCUCUCGUUCCAGAGAAGUUGUGGGAGAAUCUGGGAGGCAACUUUAAGGAGGUGCGGUUUGACAAAAUCGAAGGCAAGAGCUUCCUCAACAAAAUGGAAUUUCUGAUGGCUUCGCUGACCAGUAACUCAGCCUAAAUGGCUCCACAAACGACUCCACUAGCUUAUAAAUUGAUUUAGAAUUUUGUGUUAGGGAUUAUUUAAAAUAAAAAGGAUUGUAAUUAGUUUUACAUACAAACUGUUU